AUGGUAGGUUUGAUCCCGUAUGACAUAGUAUAUAGAAGCAGUGAGGACAAUGAGUUCCCUAUCACUGGACUUGGGAAUGGGUUGGCAACAUCAUCUGAGAAUGUUGAAUGUUUUUCCACUACCAAUCCCAGCAACCACGCGGUUGCAGAGCAGCACUGUAGUGGUAAGGGUUGGCAAAGUGCGCGUUUUGCUUCCAUGCCUCAGGAACUUGUACUUCGCUUUCCCGGAAACGCGGAGUUGGUGAAUUUGCGCAUACUGAGUCACGAGAGUAAAAUUAUGUCAAAAAUGGAGGUGCGCUUGUAUGCUCUUGACGACGGCGACGAAGUUAACGGAGUUGGUGGCCAUUAUGGACUUGAAGCACCGUCUUUCCGUGAAGUGCGCUUUCUUAAGCUAGGUUCGGUCAACUUCAGCAGUAACGAGCACACGAACUACCGCUCAAAGGAGCGUAAGACUGUGCAUCUGCACGCCAAAGCGUACUUCUUGAAACUUCUCUUUCAUGCGCCGCACCAGAAUGCUUUUAACCGUUUCAAGCAAAUUGGCGUGUAUUCCAUUGAAUGUAGCGGUCAGAUUAGCAAACGCAUACCGAGGCACGUUGAUCAUGCGGUAGUUAGUUCAUGUAUUGUUUCCCAGACACCUGUAGAAAGGGAUCACACCAGGGAGUCAAGCAACUACAACGGGAGUGGCGUCAAGUUGCCGCCCUUGCAAUUGGAGCAGCAGCAAUAUCAGUUGCAGCAUCUGCUGCAGGAGCAAGACAGACAAGGAGAGGGUGAGCGGUCACCUGUAGAAACUCCUGUUAGAAACAUCAUCACUCAGGAUGAAGGAAUGCCUGCCUUCCGUUCUGUGCGCAUAUUGGAGUUUGAAGAUUUUUUUGUCCGCCGCUCUGCUGAGUUACUAAUGCUGAAGAAUCAAGCGAUAUCAAUGGAUGACUUUGAUACCGCAAAGGCGUGCCAGGAUCGAAUUAAACUGAUGAACCGCCGGUCGAAGCGCAUAUAUCAAGCAGAACAGGACAAGGUACAGGCCAUCAUUGACGAGGACUUCGAUGCCGCGAAGGAGGCAAAGCAGCAAAUGGAUACGAUGAUUGAAAAAGUGUACAACGAUGUUCAGGUUCCACAAUUGCGACAGGUGCCAGACCCACUUGAGUACAGUAGUGAUACGUUCAGCGAGGACGCACCUCAGGAUGGCCGAAGAAGCGGGGCAGAGGCGAUAGGCCUAUCUAUUGGUUGCAGUGGGGAUAGGUAUGGCAUGUGUGGCGAGAGGAAUGAGAAGAUGUGCUGGAGUGCGGAAAGGCAAAAGUUAGCACCGGAAGGGGAAUAUCAGGACUUGCCCAGCGGCCCCACCGGUGACAGUGGAAUGUCACCCUUCGACGGUGCCGGUUCUGACUUGGGUCCCUCUAUCUUUGAUGAUUUUGACAAAGAUACGGGUCAGAAGUUGGAUGCACAGAAUAUCUGGCACCAAAAGGGGCAGGAGAUCGCGGAUGCUAAGUGCAAUAAUGACGAUUGGAAUGCGCAGGAAAGGCCCCCCGGUGCCAAUCAGGAUGUAAGCGUGAGUGACGGCACUGAUGAGUACGCCAUUGGGGGCAGAUUGCAACCGUGGGAAGAAGGUGUAGUACGUGAAAUUAUGGAGGCAUCUGGGGAAACUGACAUGCCAAAAUUACCGGACGUAGGUGGGCGUAAGUUCUCGGAGAUGCAAAACCUCAACAAUGUUGUGGGCUUAUUCACUACAGCGUGCCUGUAUAGCAGCAACUUUAAGCUUCGUGAGUCAGCGCUUAGUGUUUUGGCCUCCAAAAUGACAACUCUUUACGAAUCAAGCCCUGUCUCAAUUGAGGAGGGAGUACUACGCUACUUAGACCUGAGUGGAUAUGGGUUGCAGGAUCAUAUUCCGGCCGUUGCUAAUGCUGCCUGCGCGUUUGUCCGUAGUGUUCUAGAGGAUGAAGCCAAUGUAUUCGAGGAGGUUAUGUGCCCAGUGGUCAAUCUGCUCCCACGGUUGCUCUGUUGCGCGGCAGAUUAUAAUCCGCGCUUACGGGAAGAAGCCAUGUCGACACUAGCGUUAUUUGUGCGCAAACCAGAGAUCGGAAAGGGCGUUAUACUUUCUGCGGUACUAGCCGACCCAGUUGACAAGGAUCGGCGGCGGCUGUCUCACACCCAUGCACGUACGCAGCUUGCACGCCUCAGUGUACUGAAGGACCUUGCGGCGAAUGGGGGUCUACAGGUGCGUGGCAGCGCUGGGAGCAUGGGCAAACACAACGAAAAUGCGUGGUCCCGCCUGCUGCAACCGUGCUUGAAUCACCAAAGCUCAGAGGUAAGGGAUCUUGCUGUGUCAACUGCCUCCUACCUUAUCAGUGAGGAAAAACUCGUUUUAACGAAAAGGCGAGCUGGCGAAAUUGACAACGUGUCUAUUCGUGAUCAACUCAAGGCAGCCGCAGAGCUGUUGAGAGCUCAAAGGGACGGUGAGGCACCGUCUUCACCCAACUCUGCAGCAGCUUUCACGCCGUUUUCGAUGCGGCAGCGCACACCUAACGUGAAACCUGAGAAAGCACUAGGAAAGAAAUGCAGAAAAGCCCCAAAGGCACAGGAACGACAAGUAUAG